AUGUCGUCGCACGGGUCGGAUCACAUCAGCAGCGAGAAGCAGGCGAUUGCUCCCGAAAUAGCAACCGCUGCUGUCCCAGCUAGCCAGGUGCCAAAAACCCAGGGGAAGGAGAAGGAGGUGCACAAUGCCGAGCUCUACGCUGCCAUUCAGGAGGCCAACAUUAACCCUUGGAGCAGGACAUCUCUGCAUCUUUACUAUUCCAUUUUCGUUGCCUUUUGCUGCGCGUGUGCCAAUGGAUACGAUGGCUCUCUCAUGACGUCCAUCAUCGCUAUGAAGCCCUUCCAAGAGCAGUUUGGUGUCAAGGCUGUUGGAACUGGCGCCGCCGUCAUCUUCUCGCUCUAUGUCGUUGGUGCCAUGGUUGGCGCUCCCUUCGCCGCUACCCUCUCCGACAAGCUCGGCCGCCGGAAGAGUAUGUUCACGGGCGGUGUUAUUAUCAACCUCGGCAUGAUCAUUAUUUCGACCUCGUCACACCUCCCGCAGAUUGUUGUGGGUCGUUUUAUCCUUGGCCUCGGUAUCGCCGUCAUGACAGUCGCCGCCCCUGCGUACGCCCUCGAAAUCUCCCCGCCUCACUGGCGUGGCCGCUGCACGGGUUUCUACAACUGCGGCUGGUUCGGCGGUGCCAUCCCGGCUGCCAUCGUCACCUUCGGAUGCAACUACAUGGAGAACGACUACUCCUGGCGUGUGCCCCUGAUCCUCCAGUCUUUUGCCUGCCUCGUCGUCAUGGGCUCUGUCUUCUUCAUCCCCGAGUCUCCUCGUUUCCUCAUCGCCAACGGCAAGGAGGAAGAGGCUCUCGCGUUCCUCGUCAAGUACCACGGCAACGGCGACCCCAACUCGCGUCUUGUUCGCCUCGAGUACGAGGAGAUGAGGGAGGGUAUUGUACAGGACGGCGUGGACAAGACCUGGUGGGACUACCGGCCGUUCAUGUUCACGCACAGCGGCCGCUGGCGUAUCGCCCAAGUGCUCAUGAUCUCCAUCUUCGGCCAGUUCUCCGGUAACGGUCUCGGCUACUUCAACACCACCAUUUUCGAGAACCUCGGCGUCACCAGCGUCCCCCAGCAGCUCGGUUACAACAUCCUCAACCAGGUGCUCUCCGCCAUCGGCGCCCUGACGGCCGUGUGCUUGACCGACAAGAUGCCCCGCCGCAAGGUGCUCGUCAUCGGCACCUUCAUGUGCGCCGUCGCGCUAGCCACCAACUCGGGCCUGUCGGCCGUGCUCGACCAGCAGUCGCAGCGCGGCGAGAUCGACCUCUCUUACGGCCAGGGCGCGCUCGCCUCGUACUUCCUCUUCAACAUCAUCUUCUCCUUCACCUACACCCCGCUGCAGGGCGCCAUCCCCACCGAGGCCCUCGAGACCACCACCCGUGCGAAGGGCCUUGCCCUCUCCGCGUUCAUCGUCAACGGCAUGGGCUUCAUCAACCUGUUUGCCGGUCCCAUUGCGCUUGAGAGAAUUGGCUACAAGUACAUCUUUGUGUUUGUUGCCUGGGACGUCAUCGAGUCGAUUGCGUGGUUCUUCUUUGGUGUCGAGUCCCAGGGCCGCACGAUCGAGCAGCUCGAAUGGGUCUACAACCAGCCCAACCCCGUCAAGGCCUCGCUCAAGGUCGACAAGGUCAUUCUCACCGAGGACGGCAAGGUCGCCGAGAAGAUUGUUGCUUAA